AUGCCUGUGGAGCCAAGGGGUUGGGUCACUGCAGAUGCAACAGAAGCUGGCGGACCCAAGUAUCUUGAAGCCGUGAUAGACACCUGUGGAAGUGGUAACUCUUUCUAUCGUGCUGGCCCUUGUGGACUACCUACUAGUACUGGAGGAGUUGGAGGCGGAGGAGUUGGAGUUCCUGGUAAUGAUUAUGGCCAUGUUGUCUGGCUAUCGUAUUUUGGAACUACUGCAACAGAAGAAGGUCCUCUAGCUAUAAUCAAGUAUUUUUCUAUACUUCUGGUUCUGUUGUUGUAACAUAGUACAACUUUCAUCCUCGUAGUUCUGGUCCUCUACUAGUUCGUUCGAACUGUGGGUCUUCUCACACGAAGAUGCAAGAAAUCGUGUCUAACACCCACGAUCACUUGCAACUUGUGGAAGAUGUUUAAUAUUCUCCAUCGCACAGGCUCAGCGACUCACGUCAUCCGGUUUUCUAGAGUGCUGCUGUAGGGUGUUCAUCUCUAAUAGUAGACUCGCAGGUGUGAUUAGAAUGCUUCUCUAAUAGCAGACUCGCAGAUCCAUCACAGAUCCAGCCUGGUCCGCGGUGCCCAAAGGAAACGUUGAGCCGCGUACUUUUUCUGGUUCUGUUUCCCUGUGCUGGUGGGUGGUUCCGUGGUCCGUGCUAGUUUGUUAGAGGAAGUGGAGUUAUAUAAAUAUAUAUUUUUCAUCUUGAGCAUGACAGCACUGACGCUCCUCAUUACCAUUUUUAAUCCUCAGCACUUCCUCCAUCUGCAUUCCAACGGAUUGUAGGUCGCGUAGGUGAGUCGUUGCUGAGCAUCAAUAUCUAUUAAUCAACGGACAUAAAUUGGAUAGUGUCAGUGUGAUAGAAGUUUUGAAUACCUCCACCAUGGUUUCUUUCAAGUUUAACAUCAUCAGUCAUCACAUGACUAUUAGUUGCGCCCCCGAGUACUUCCGAUCCCAAACGAGACCGCGACAAAAUUUUUUGGCAAGUGGUGUUUCGAUCAGGGAGCGAUCGUGGUGACAUCAUCGUUCGAAAAACCAUCGAUUUGCAAAGCGACGAGGUACUUGAUCAAAUUUGUAAAAAUCGAUUGCGAGUUUAUUUCCACCCUCUCUCAAUUUCUGACGUAGUCGUAUUUCUUACUCGUUUUACAUUAUUAUACCAGGUUGAGUACCUUUUUUGUGGGGAGCAGGUCGAACAGAUUGGCAGUUUACAGCAGAAGCUGGCUGGUGUUCCCCGUAUGCCAGUUCGCACCCAGAAGGGCAAUACAGGUUGGGUCACAUUGGAUGCCACAGCGAAAGGCGGUCCAAAAUUCUUUGCGCAGGUGAUAGAAGAGGUGGCUGAAGAUCCUGGCACAAGUUCUCGUGGACACCCAAAUACUGGAGCUGAAGAUACCGCUAGAAGUACCGAUGUUAUUGAUCAUGAUGUAGUCCUUGGGCGACGUGGUGAUGGUUCUAAGUCUAACAUGGGAGGUGGAGCUGGAGGUGGUCGUGAAGAAGUUCAUGCUCCUUCUCCUUGUGAUGUGAGCGCUGUGAUUGAUGGACGUGGAGACUAUCAUAUUGGAGUUCUUGUUGGCGGAGCUGAAGACGGUGGUGGACGUCGACUGUCUGUGACCAACAACAACACGACUACUAGUUCAUGUUCUUCAGUGCCAGCCCUUGGAGGGAGUGGAGCAACAUCUGCUGGUGCAGCUGCUACAACUAGAAGAGACUAUACCUCGAGCUCGAAUACAACAACUAACGACCACGAUAAUUGUGGUGGGGGCACCUUCGGGGCGAUUGUUUUUGAGAAUAUUAGUCCGGCGCAGAUGCAUCAUAUUCUUGUUGCUGGUUGUGGUGCCACUAAAUCACGGCCAUCCACCGUGACCAGCUCGAGCGGUGCAGAUGUCAAUCAAGUCAAGAUAAACAGGGAGAGCAACAGGGCUUCCGCAAGAACAAUAACAUCUACUAACGCGAUUCCCACAAGCUCAAGCUCCUCAUCGUCAUCUUCAAACUCUGCGCCUGUCGUAGAAGACGCAGAUCGCCGGCUCACAGAAGAGCGGCUGCGACACGAACUCCUGAAAGCAGCAGCAAAGAACAAGAAGUACUUGUCUAGUUUUUGUCUUUGAGUCUAUCAUCAUAAUGAUGUCGGGAGCUUUGGCUCGUAGCUUCUUGCGACUUCGACGCAUUUCACCUCGCGAACGCCCCUCGCCGAAGUUGCAGGAUUUUCCCCCCAAGGCACUUGCGGCCGCUUUAGAAGGCACAGCAACGGGGGCCAAAGGCCGACGACGUUGGCACCGCGGCCGAGCCGUUUCCAGCGACUUUAACAAGGGAGGCGGCCGGGGCUUCAGUUUGGGGCACCGGACACACGUCGCCGAUGUUGUACCACACGCGCAGCCAAGGCGGGGCGCGUUCGUAUGGUUUUGGGGCAGCCGGGGGAGGAGCUCAGCACCAAGGAGGUGCGCGCCUUCUCGCGCCAGCUGGUUGCGUCGGCCAAUCUGCCACCUGUGCCGCCGCUUCCUUCAGGAUUGUAUAUCAAACCGAUCCGCUACGUCAGCUUGCCAAAAUUCCCCGCCUGCUAUUUGAUCGAUGUGGUUGUACGUAGGUCGAGAGUGUGUGGCUGCGGCUGCCAUUCACAGUAAGGCCACAGGAAAAACCAGGAGCAACACCAAGAGGGUGGCCAGGUAGAUCGCUGACGACCGAAGGAAGCAAGGAGGCUGCGGCAGAGGGUUUUCUACGGAGGUAGCCCAAAAGUGCACCGAGAAGCUUGCGGCCGGGGGGUGGGGGCGUGGCGUGGCUGCGUCGUGGUUGAAACAGCGGGCGGCGGUUAGUUUCCUUCAAUACGGAAGCGGAUGGAGGACAUCUCGGAAGCCUAUAGACAGGGCCAGCGGCCUCGAUCGGGUGCGUGCGGGGCAGUGUGUGCACUGGAGGUGCUUGGGGGUGUUGCUGCUCGGUCGUCUAGCUCUGUUGCGGUGCGUCUGGCUUGUCACGGUGCGCGCUGACGGGCGCGCUGCGUAGUCAUCUGAUCGCGCUGCAGGUUAGCGCUUCUGCCCUUCUUCUUUCCCUUGUGAGUCUGUUCAUCGAAUCCAGGUCAAUGGAUGGCUGGCCAAGCUUGACGCUGGUCGUUACGCAGCCAACCGCUUUGCCCGUGCCCAACUUGACAUGAUGCGUGCGCGUCAUAAAUUGCUGGGUUACUAACGCAUGCCGUUGCUUCAUCCCCCGACUUCUACACUUGCCAUUUAUUACUACGCCGGCCACCACCUGCCAAUCAAAAAAAAACAGCGCCACCUCUACAACUUGGUAUGGAGAGGAGCAGCGCUAUGAAGGUUGGAGCAUGUUGGAGAACGAUGAUGGAGAUGCUUCGCCACCUUGCUUGCGAAGCGAGUAACAAGAAAAAACUACUGUUUCUUGAAUCCGAACGACUCUCGGAAUCAUGAUAAAAAGGUCACUUUCACUUAACUCAUUUGAUAGCCGUCAUUCACUAGACGAAUCCGAAUGGAGGUAUCGUCCACCGCGAGUUUGACCCCGGGCCUGGCUCGUUGUAUAAACAAUAAUAUUUUUUCCAUCAGAUGGUUGUAAAACUAGAAAUAAUAGAUGUUCACUGAUAGGCGUUAUCGAACUAGUUCGUUGUACAUUUCUUCAAGUUCGUCAGUUGUAAUUAACUCAUGUGCUACUUUCUUCGUAGCAGCUACGCUAAUCCUUCUCGAUCUCUUGACACAUAAUAUUGGAAUUGAACAACAUGGUUGCCUAAGUAGAUUCCAAAUUACAUUUACAAUUAUUUAGCAAACUCAUCGAAACACUAACAUCAAAUAAGUACAUCAACUAGUCUUAGCAAAAAUACAACUACAACAAGCUCCUCGAUGUAGGAAAGUUUUACUGGUAAUAUCAUUCAUCGUGGGGAACGAAGAUCCUCGUUUUUCUCGAAACUAAUUCUUGUCGGCAGGCUCCUUGGAAGUACUCUCGCGUUUUUGGUAAGAAAGAUUGUAAUCUGGAUUCUCGAUAACGAAAUAAACGCUAAUACGAUGAAAAAUGUAAGGUAGAUGGUCAUGCUCGUCAAAUAGUUUCGUUAAUGUCGGUCGAAUGACUCAUUUCUUUCAGCUUACUACGUGGUGUUUUUUUUAGAACUUUCAUCAGAUUGAUAAAUGAUUUCGGGUACAGGAUCCUAGCUGUUGUCAGGUCUUUGCAUUACCACUGUUAGUUUAUGAUCUUAUUGAUAUUCUUCCGCGAUGAAGUCAUUUUUAACGAUGCGUGAAUAGAAAUUAAGGAUUUUUCACCCCCAAGAUGAGGUGUAUUCAGUACGAUGGGUUUGAUGUCGUCGUGGCUUGGUAGGGCUAAAUUAUAUAAUACUUGCUUCAUUGUAGGUAUAGGUUUUGAGCUUGCCGGGGCGAAUCACGAUUAUACGUCGCUUUGAUGAGACGUAAGAAAAACAUUCUUUUUCUUUUUUCAUCUAUCAUCGAUCCUGUAAGCCUCAGCAGUCUGUCACAAACAAAAUCUACAACAUGUUACUUAUAUCUCUGUACUCAUGUUGCAGCUACUAGAUGACAGAUUAGUUCUUUCAUGAUUUCAUACUCGUCACUUAUGGUUGCGAUUCGAGUGUUUGUGAAAAACAAGCUCCAGGUCGUGGAAAACCACUACCACAAUCCGUUCUUCAAUAUACCAUGUUAUUUUUUUCUAAGUAGGCGCUUCCUUGCUACUUCCUUGUAUUUCCUCCUGUUCCACCAGUGUGAUGUGCUGCUCGUAGUUUGUAUUCGCUUAGUUGGUCAGAUAGAUAUUGACGCAUUCAUUGACUUGAUGUGCGAGCUAGUAGGUAUGACUAUGAGAACAACAAUAUCUGGACUCCAUCUCCCUUGUUGAAGGUACAUCAUUUUUGAAAGUGGAAGUGCUUCGUCGAUUGUCUUAUUUGUAUUUCAUCCCCUCGUGAAAGUAGUGUAAUAUGUAGUAUAAAAUAUUGUUUCGUUCCAGUAGUCCGUGUAUCAAAAAUUAAUUGUUCAUCUACUUAUUUGUUUUUCAAUCAUCACGAACAUACAGAAAACAGAAUCAGCAGUCCUCAUUAUGUAAAGAUCAUAAUUAUUUUUACCGAAGUGGAAAAUAAGAUAGAAAUCAACACGUACACGUAGUUUCAUCGAUCCUCAAAAUUAUCGUUACUCCGUACUUAGUUUUUGUCUACUUACUAUGAUUUAAACUAGAAGCGUCUUAUCGUGAUCUGUCAAUCUAUGUAAGUUUCUCUUUGUCAAUCUGUCUUCAUCGUCGUACAGUUUGCUAUACUUAACUCAAUUUUGUCGAUGAACAAAUGAAAAUAUAUUAUAAUGAACAAAGAUGAACAGACACGAAAGUAACAGGUGAAGCUUGGUCGUGGGAAUAUAACUUUAUUACGUUAGCCACUGACAUUAGCGGUACCUGAGAAGAGAGGUGUUUUUGUUUGUUUUUUGGAUUUUAUCAGCCUCGUCAAGAUUCUUGUACUACAACUGAAACUCAUGGAUGCAGUUCCUACUUGGAUUUGAUCUGUCUUUUACUUAUAGAAAGAAAACAUUCUCCAUGCAACUGCAAGCAGUGUGAUACUUACUAUCUUGAAGCAAGAAGUGCAAGGAAGUACUUGCUAGAGGGAAUCGGAUUCUGCCGAACGACGUCAAAGAAAUCCUAG